AGCAGCCGGGAAAGCACUCAGUGCCUGGAGACCCAGAGAUGCCUCCCACCCCGCCCCCUGGGCACCUUCCCAGGGCCCCAGGUUGGAACGGGAGGAGACACCCUCUCUGUUCCUCCCCCACAACCGGAAGGAAGCUGAGAGGACCACACCUGAAGCCAGCAGAGCCCUCCUUUGGCCGGUGAGAGGAAGGGCAGAGGGAGCCCAUUCCCCACCAAGUUUUCCUCCAUGGUGUUUGGAGACCCUGAUUCACGCCCUGUCUUCACACACUCCCAGGAGCCCGGAACUUUCUGGAAAUGCCGCAGAGGAUGAUGUUUUCACAAGAGGAGGAGGAGGAAUCCUAUUUCAAGGGAACCUGGACUCCUGAGAGUCAGGAAUGGGGUGAGGGGGAGGCAGAGAGAAGUCCAGAAGUCAGAUUUCACCUACUUGGUACACCUGCCAGGACGGGCCUGGCGCGGUGCCUCCACAGCGAAAGCUGAGUAAAUAUUAUGACGGGAUCGCCAGAGACAAGCCAAACCAAACAAACCCCUUAAAGAUCCACCUCAGAGGGAUUGCAAAGGAAAUAGGCGAGAUCCGGGAGCCAAGGACGAGAUCCACAGACAGGAACAAGACUCGGGGUGAGCCUCUACGGAUCAGAGCCACGGAAAGUAGCUGGAGGCAGAGCUGGCCGGGCUCAUGAAUGGAGAUUUACCAGCUGGAAAGAUGGCGUCCUCCACCUGCCUGGUGGGCCCCAUCGACAGCCUGGAGCUCCUGGACCUCCUGUUUGAUCGACAGGAUGGAAUCCUGAGACAUGAAGAUCUGGGUGAGGACUGGGGCCACGCCGGAGACCAGGUCCUGCCAGCCCCGGACUCGGAGGAUUUCUUCAGCUGUAUCUUGGGUUCUGGAGACUCGGUGCCAAGCUCUCCUCUCUGGUCUCCUGCGGACAGUGACAGCGGCAUCUCUGAAGAUCUGCCCUCCGACCCCCAGGACACCCCUCCACACAACGUGCCCGCCACCGCCCCGGCCGGCUGCCAUUUCUCGGAGUCUGGCAAGGGGCUCUGCCCCUCCUACCUUCCUGUCCCCCACAGCCCCAGCAGGCCUCCUGGGCCAGGGGCCCAAGUGCUCGAGGCCUCCGUGGCUAUAGACCUGGAAAUGUGGAACCCGGGCCUCUAUCCUGAGGAGCAGGCUGAGCUGGCAGUGUCGCCCCCAAGCUGCAACCUCACGGUGAAAGACCUCCUCCUCUCCGGCAGUGGUGGAGACCUGCAACAGCAUGCCUUGGCGGCCCCCCACCUGUUGAGACCUGGGACUGGGCACUGCCCGGAACUAGUGCUGACUGAGGACGAGAAGAAACUGUUGGCCAAAGAAGGCAUCUCUCUGCCCACCCAGCUGCCCCUCACCAAGUAUGAGGAGCGAGUCCUGAAAAAAAUCCGUCGGAAAAUCCGGAACAAACAGUCAGCCCAAGAAAGCCGUAAAAAGAAGAAGGAAUAUAUUGAUGGCCUGGAGACUCGGAUGUCGGCCUGCACUGCCCAGAACCAGGAGCUUCAGAGGAAGGUCUUGCAUCUCGAGAAGCAGAACCAGUCCCUCUUGGAGCAGCUGAAGAAACUCCAGGCCAUUGUAGUCCAGUCCACCAGCAAGUCAGCCCAGGCAGGCACCUGCAUAGCGGUCCUGCUGCUCUCUUUUGCCCUCAUCGUCCUCCCCUCCAUCAGCCCUUUUGCCCUCAACAAAGCCGAGAGCCCCGGAGACUUCACACCUGUGCGAGUCUUCUCCAGAACUUUGCACAACGACGCCGCUUCCCGUGUGGCCCCCGACACCAGGCCAGGUUCCGAGGCCCCAGGACCUCAGGCCGAGGCUGGCGCACCUCAGGGAGGGUCUCCACGCAGCCCCAGGGUGCACUGGAAAUCCCAGGACAUGCUGGCUCUGGAAAACUCGACGGAGGAGCUGAACAAGUCGACCCUGGUCCAGGGCAACUGGGCAGAGGAGCUGAGCCAGGCCACCCUGCUGGACUGGGCCUCAUCUGAGCCAGCACUCAGCCCAGGUCUGGUGGGGCUGGAGGCGGUGGGGGAGGAGCUGUGAGUGCCACCUGGAUGUGACUCCAGGCCCCUCUGCUCAGGGGCCCUGUGGUGGGCGCUGCAGUGGAGGCAGGGGAUUGGAGGUGAGAGAGACCCCUGUGGAGAUGCCAGGAUGGAGAUGCAUAAACACACAGUUACAUACCCAGGGACCCAGACACAGGAGCAGAAACUGAUGCUCAGACCCAGGGCAACCCUGAGGCCACAAAGCCUGAGAAAGACAGACAGACCCAGGCACAGAACGGACAGGCAGAUCCACAGUGAUCCAUAGACCCUGACAGACAUAAACACACAACGUGCCUCAACAAUUGCGCUGCCUGGGGACUCCUCCCCUCCCUCACACACAGGGAGGAGGAAGUGACUGAGACUGCAGGGGGCCUGGCCCCUAAGCCAUGGCUGGGCUCUGAACUUGGGAUGGCCGUGGCCACCCUCCACCUUCUCUGA